CCACCCCCUCCUCUCUACUAGUCCGGGCAGAGAGGUCGAUGCAGUUGGGCUCACUGAGUAUCACAGUGCUCUAGCUAUCCCCGACAAACGGAUCCUGAAGGGUGACACACAAGAUGAUGUGGCGUGUUGUGAUUCUGCUGGCUGCUGCCUUCAGUGUGGAGUCGUACACUGUCCGGGACCAUGAGCGUUUAGCCCAUGGUCGACAGCUGAAGAUCUACCUUUCCAAGAAUGCAGAGAAGCUGGAGUUCACCCCAGCAGAUUCUCCCAGACAGACCUUUCUAUACUGGGAGAAAGUCAAAAUCAGUACGACCAAAGGCUGGGUGUCUGGGACAGGUAGUGACCGACGUUGGUUAAUUGACAAGGUGACUUAUGAGGACCAGGGGACCUACGUCCAGAGAGACUUCUGGAAUAAAGAAAUCUCCGCUUUCAAAGUGGCAGUCACACCCAGACAUAACUUUGUGAAGUGUGUAGCAGGAGAGAGUCUCUACAUCUCACUGGAGGGAAUCGACCUUGCCGACUCCAUCCUCAUCUUCUCUGGACAGACUUCCAAUGUGACACUGGUGCGUGAUGGUGCUCCGGUGUCCCAGGACCUUCCCGAUUACUGGGACCGGGUUCAGACCCACGCCCAGAACAUCGAGAUCAGGAACGUGAACUACACUGAUGAGGGACAUUACUACCUGAAAGACCGCAGGAACCGUGUGGUGUCUGUGACCAGGAUGGACCUGACAGACCAGCAUGAUUACUCAGGAGGAAACCCCCUCAUGGCUCUGCUCUUACUGCUGGGCAUCCCAGCUGGGAUCUGCUGCUGUUGUCGGAAGAAGAUCUUCAAGAAGAAAGCCACCAACGCUGCGUCACUGCAGAACACCCCCGUUGCAGUCCAAGCCCCCCCAGUGGUCCUGUUGGACCCUCCCCUCCCUACAGCGCUCCUGGACAGCCGGGGGCGGUGUACUACCAUGGCCCUGACCCCUCCCUGGGUCCUGCAGUCCAUCCGCCCCCUUCGACCACUGGCCCAGGACAGUGGAAUGGCCCCCCUCCCUACCCAAACUUCAACCCAGCCUACCCACCUGCUGGUCCGGCUAUGAUCCCCCCAGCCCAGCCUCCACAAUGGAACGGUCCACCAUCAGGCCAGUACCCCCCCGGACCUGGAGCUCCAAUGGGCUACGCUCCAGCUCCCGUCAUGUAUAGCAGUCCUCCACCUGCAACAGGUGAACCUGUGAAAGAGCAGGUCAAUCUGGAGAACAUGGCUCCCUCAACUGCCGACCCCCUGCUGUCUGCCACACCACAG